AGCAUCCAGCAGAAAAUGUCUCAGUACUCGGGAAAAAUCACUUUCUACGAAGGUAAAAGCUUCACGGGCAGAAAGCUGGAGGUCUGCGGCAGCUGCAGCAGCUUCCAGGACCGAGGUUUCCUCAACCGGGUCAACUCCAUCUGCGUCCAGAGUGGGGCUUGGGUCUGCUUCGACCACCCCAACUUCCGAGGGCAGCAGUACGUCCUGGAGCACGGCGACUAUCCCGAUUUCUGUCGCUGGAAUGGCCACGGCGACCGCCUGGGCUCCUGCCGGCCCGUCCGUAACCACGGCGAGCAUUACAGGAUCGAAAUAUUUGAGGGGAGCCAUUUUAGCGGUCCCAGCCUGGAGCUGACAGAAGAUUGCUCCUUCCUGCAGGGACAAGGCUGGGACAAGACCUGCAUCAACGCCCUCAAAGUGUACGGCGAUGGCGCGUGGGUGCUGUACGAGGAGCCCAACUACCGAGGCCGUAUGUACGUGGUGGAGCGGGGUGAGUUCAGCAGCUUCAAUGCGUGGCAGGCGCGCAGCGCAACUGUCCAGUCCAUCAGAAGAGUCAUCAACUACUUCUAG